CAUCCUUUUUGCCCCACCUAUAAGCGCUAGUAUUUACCUUUGUUUUGUUUACAAGGAUGAGACCCAAUAGAGAUGCUUCGAAUUUGGAUUUGAAUUGGAACUGGCGUAAUUAAUUGAUCAUGGUAGCGCCGAUGGUGGAUGAAACAUGAACGCCACAAACCUCUAUGUGACCACUUGUCGGCUGGUCAUGCAGGCCGAUCCAGAAAACCGGGAUAGUUGGACAGAGCUGUACAAGUUGUUGCCUUACCUUCGCCAGUCCCUUUCCUGUACGGUUUGUGGCAAAUUACUUUCUGAACCAUACACGCCUACAGAAACAAGCUGUCAGCAUCAUGUUUGUAGAAAGUGUCUUGGUGGAAAAAAGCGCCUGAAACCCACAUGUGGCUGGUGUAAAGAUUACAGGAUGUAUGUUGACAAUGUUCAAAUUAAAUUGGUGUUGCAGUGCUACAGAAAACUAUGUGAAUAUAUAAAGUUCACACCAAUUUAUUGUAAAUUGUGCUCCAUAUACAGUAAUGGGGGUCAGUUUAGCCUCACUGACAUGAUAGAAGAAGCUAUAGAUAAUACUAAUAAUAGAUGUGAUGAAACAAACAGUGUGCAUUGUGAACAUGAGAGUGAUAAUAAGGAGAAAGUGUCAAUACCUCAAACGAGUGGAGUGAAUGCAGUUGUCACACCAUUAAAUACCUCUUAUCCUGUUCCAAAGCAACCGUUGUGGACACUUUCAACUCAACCUUCCCCGUCACUUCAGUCGAUACCAUCAACAAUAAGUUUAGGUUUGGUACAUGUUUCCUCGCAACCUGUAAAUUCUGCAGUGCCACAAAUUUCAUGUCCGCCAUCCACAAUAACUUCUAUGAAAACAGUCAUAUCUACUCCGCCACCUGUUAUGCAAACAACUCAUCACUUUCUGCCACAAACACUCGCAACAACAACCACCACAACAACUACCACAAGUGGAAUAACCGCAUCAAGUUUUGUACCCGGUACAAUAUUCCCAAGUACAAAUAUAGGCCUACUUAAGCACAGUGUUGUUAAGGAAUUACCUUACACGAAACAUAAUUCCUCUAUCAAUAAUGGGUCCUCCAUAUACUCUGUAAUGUAUGCUGAUGGCGAUAGUACAAAAAUAACUAUCAAAAGAAAACCUCCCGAUAUCGAAAGCGCUAAUAAAAGUGUUCCUAUUGAACCAGAAAUUGUUCCUUCUGUAAAUCAAGAAUUGAUAAAAAAAUCUAAACCUAAACCUAAACCAAAACCAAAGCGAAAAGGAUGUCGAUGUGGCAAUGCAACUCCAACACCUGGAAAAUUGACUUGUUGUGGGCAGAGAUGUCCAUGUUAUGUUGAGGCUAAGGCAUGUAUCGAGUGUCGCUGUAGAGGUUGUCGAAACCCUCAUCGACCUGGUGGGAAAAAAGUGCGACCUAUCAUCCCCCAACUCGCAAACAUCCAGAUUCACCAGGUUCAACCAGUGCAUGGCCGUAGUACAUCUUCAUCCAUCAAUAACAAUACCACGACUACUAGUUCCAGUAACAUUAUCCCACCUACGUCUUCAACCGUCAUUACGAAUACAACUUUGCCUCAGACUAUACGUGCUGUACAAGCCAUGCAUGCUGUGCAAGCUGUGCAUGGUGUGAGUAAUGUACAAGCAGUAGCUGGUGGUGUCCAUCAACUGAUUAGUCUAGGGGGUGGGAUGGUACAAACACCGCUAUCACCAGGGCUGGGUAUCAAUCCUGUUACGGGCCUAGCAGUGAAACCUGUAAGUCUGGCUCUCACAUCCGUGCCAGCGCAACUUUUGAUAAAUGAUGACAGAUCAACUUCUAAUAGUGCAUCAGAAAACAGUGAUGUAGAUGUAGACAUAUAGCACAGGUAGAACCCAUUUGGAAAUAAUUUUCAGAACGUGUGUACAGUUUGUGUGAAGUGAAAAAUGAUAAAAUAUUUUUAUGAAUGUUUCUUUUUUUUAGAUUUGUUAAAGUGACAUGAAAAAAUUAUUUGUUAAAAUAAAAACACAAUGGUAUACAAAUAUUAUGGAAAUUUCUUAAUUACUGUAUUUUUGUUUUGCUAUUUUACUGCUAAAAAAAUAAUAUAAAUAUAAAUAUAUAUAUAUAUAUA